AGGACACCAGCAUGGCCUACGUGAACAACUACACGCCGCCCCCGCCUGCGCCCGCCGUCCUGCCCGAGUCAGAGCUCUACGGCCCCGAGCCAUACGACAUCAACUUCGCGUACCCCAUCCACGCCUCGACGCUCGAGUCCGCUUCGCUCAAGCUUGUCCCGUUCGUCCCCGCGGUGCACGGCGCGGCCUACUGGGCGGCGGUCUCGCCCGCGCUCGCGUCGACCUUCCGCUACUACCCCGCGCUGCUCCCCACGCUCGCCGACACGCUCGCCUUCGUCGAGCGCGCGGUGCGCCAGAACCCGCACGCGACGCUCUUCGCCGCGCUCGACAAGACGCGCGCGGACGCGGCGCACCCGGAGUGGGCGGGCGCGCUCGCGGGCAUCGCCGGGCUGUUCAACACCGCGCCCGCGAACCUCGCGACGGAGCUCGGCUUCGUCGUCGUGUUCCCCGCGUUCCGGGGCACGCACGUCGCGAAGCACAUGGUCGGGGUGCUGCUGCGCUACGUGCUGGAGCUGCCGGGGGCGCGCGUGCCGGGGCUGGGGUUCCGGCGGGUGGUGUGGAGCGCGCACCCGGAGAACGCGGCGUCGAUUGGGCUCGCGGAGCGGAUGGGUUUUCGGCGGGAGGGGCUGCUGCGGUGGGUGUGGGUGCUGGACGACGCGGUGAGGGAGACGGGGAAGGACGCGCGGGAGGACGCGUUUAAGGGGAAACGAGGGAGGGACUCGGUGGUGCUGUCUGUGUGCUGGGAUGAUUGGGAGGGUGGCGUGCGGGAGCGGGUGAGGGAGGUCCUCGACAAGUAGCGCGAGUGGUGUGAAGACACGGGUGCGUUUGCUGCCUGUGUAUGUAGUGUGCUGCGGGGGCGGAAGACUGCAUGCAUGUUGCGAACUGGAAAUAAUGCGUUGAUGCUGCUGGUCCGACUUGCGCAGCUGCCGAUGUCUGCAGGCGGAUGCUGGCGCGGGGAGGCUGCGGCGUAGUAGCGAUGUUGCUGGCUGGUGCUGCAGCUCCUUGGUCCAGCGGGUCCCUGCGUCGACGUCAUCGGUCGAUCGACGAGAGUUUCAUCGCGUGUGGGCAUGCUCGCAAUGGGUCCCCACGCGCCCAUAACGUACCAGCAUAGCUGCAACCGAUCGCGAAGCGCAUGCGAGCCCAUAUAGCGCGACUCCAAGCUGCGACUCCAAGCUGCGUCACUUCUCACCUCAUCCCACUCGCACUUACCGUUCGACAACGCAAGCCAUGGCCGACAAGCUGCACGAAGGGCAGGACGUCUCGUGAGUAGACUCACCUAGGAUGCGUAAUGCCCAAAGCACUGGAAGACUGAUCGGCACGGCUUGUGGCGUAGGUGGAAGUGGGGAGGCGGAAAUGGCCAUGGAAAGGUCGACGAGAUCGUAGAGCAGGGCAAGGCGCAGGUCACGAGCGGCAAGGGGAAUACCGUGAGCCGCAAUGCCAGGCCGGGAGACCCCGCAGUCAAGAUCACGAGGGAUGGGAACGACGUCGUGAAGCUCUCGCACGAGCUAAACGAGGUGAAGGACGCCGAGUAGACGGUUGAUUCCAGCUACAAUGUUUACGCACCGAGGUCGUCGAUGAAAGGGGCAGUCGCCCCCGUUCAUCGCUGUACCGUUCCAGUAACUGUGGACAUGAUCAAGAGAAUGAUACAAGACCUGCGGUUGAGCUUUUAGGAGCUG